AUGCUCCCAGCCCCGAACAAGUCCAUCGCCAAGUUCUCCGGGUCUCUGGAGGGCCUGAAGUUGGGCUCCCACGAGGAGGCCAAGGAGUCCUUGUCUGCAGCGAACCUGCUACUGCGGGGCACGCAGCUGAGGAACACCAGUUGGCUCUUUGGCGUGGUGGUCUACACGGGUCCGCAAACCCGGAUGGCCAUGAACUCCCGGGAGAUCCCAUCGAAGUUGGCGAACCUCGAGCGGGUGGUGAACCGCGGCAUGCUGGUGGUCUUAGGCGCCCAGUUUGCGCUGGCGCUGCUCAGCUCGAUCCUGCUGGUUGCCAACGAGCCUCGGUUCAACAGCUACUGGUACCUCUUCCCGCCGGGCACAGUUACAGAGGAGGCCAUCAUAGUGCAGAUUGUGAUGAACUGGUUCAAAUUCUUCAUCCUCUACUCCAAUCUCAUGCCCAUCUCCCUGUAUGCGGCAAUGGAGAUGUGCAACUUUGCACAGGCAUAUUUUGUAAAGAGCGACCUGGCCAUGUAUGACGAAGAGCAGGACUGCCCGGCGUCUGUGCGGUCCACGAAUCUUUGCCACGAGCUGGGCCAGAUCGCCUACAUCUUCUCGGACAAGACGGGGACUUUGACGCAGAACGUCAUGGAGCUGAAGCGAGUGGCCAUUGCCGGAGAGGUCUUUGGUCAAGUCACAGAGCAGCGAGGCUUCACGGACUGCGAAGCGGUAAAUCGCUGGCGCCAGGACCCUUAUGGCCAGCGCAACGUCGACGCCUUCUGCGAGGUCCUUUCCGUGGCCCACACGGUGAUGAUCGCCACGGACGCCAAGGGCGUCCGGAAGUUCGAGGCCGAGAGUCCGGACGAAGGAGCUUUAGUGGAUGGAGCUCGUCAGCUGGGCUGGAGCUUCACGGACCGCAGCAUGGACUCCUUGACCGUGGAGGUGGCCGGAGCUCCUCGGAGCUACAAGAUCCUGGGGGUGAACGCCUUCAAUUCCAAGAGGAAGCGGAUGUCCACACUGGUUCAAGGUCCAGACGGAGUACCAUGGCUUUUGGUGAAGGGCGCGGACAACGUGAUGAUCGAGAGGGCGGGCCAGGUGCCUGGCUGGGUCCAUCAGUACUUGACGGAGUUCUCGAAGAACGGACUCCGGACCCUGGUGCUUGGGCGGCGCCGCCUGGACCCCACCGAGAUGUACCAGUGGGUCAAGGAGUAUGAGGCCGCUCAGUGCAGCCUCGACGAUCGCGACGGCAAGCUGGAGGCGGUGGCGGAGCGGGUGGAGUUGGGCCUGGAGCUGCUGGGGGUGACCGGCAUCGAGGACAAGCUCCAGGUGGGGGUGCCUGACACCAUCGAGAGGUUGCGGGAGGCGGGGAUCCAGCUCUGGGUUCUGACCGGGGACAAGCUGGAGACCGCCCGCAACAUCGGCUUCAGCACCAACCUGCUGGCCGACUCCAUGGAUAUCGCCGUGCUGACCGGUGAGGAGGAGGAUUUGGCGGACUCCUUGCAGGUCAUGAAGAAGCAGCUGGAGAGCUCCAGAAACAGCGGCAUGGACUGCGCCAUGAUGGUCACGGGCUCCGCGCUGGAGCAGGUGACCAACGGAGACCUCACCGAGGAGUUCUUCGAGGUGUCCCAGGUCUGCAAGGUGGUGGUCGCCUGCCGGGUCUCCCCACUGCAGAAGAGUCAGCUGGUGCGGAUGGUCCGCGAGUCCACGGACCCCCAACCAGUGACUCUUGCCAUCGGCGACGGCGCGAAUGACGUGCCGAUGAUCCAGGAGGCGCACGUGGGAGUCGGCAUCUCGGGCAAGGAGGGCCGCCAAGCUGUGAACGCCGCAGACUUCGCCAUCGCCCAGUUCCGGUUUCUGGAGCGGCUGCUGCUGGUUCACGGUCGCUGGGAUUACCGGAGGACAUGCAAGGUGAUUCUCUACACCUUCUGGAAGAAUGCCAUCAUUACGAUGCUUUUGUUUUACUACACGUUCUACUCGGGGUACUCGGGGACCUGCAUGUUUACCAGCACCGUGUGGACCUCCUUCAGCAUGAUCCUCUUCUUUCCCAUCAUCGCCACUGGCAUCUUCGACCGGGACGUCACGGACCUACAGGCGGUGGAGUAUCCGGCCCUCUACGAGACAGGGCGGAAGGGCCUGGAUCUGAACCUCAUGAAGAUGAUCGAGAUGCUGCUGUCGGCUUUUGUCCACUCCUUCGUGAUCAUGACGGUGGCAGUGAUCAGCUUCGGGGAUCUGGACAUCGGCGCCACGGGCUCGUACUACUCCUUCAGCUUCAUGAUCUUCACCUGGGUGGUGCUCACCAUGAACUACCGCGCCACCUUUAUCACCACGACCAUCAACUGGAUCUUUCUGGCUGCCCUGGCCGUGUCCUUUGCGACCUAUCUGCUCUUCGCGGUGGUCUACACCAACGUGCCCAUGAUCUUUCCAGAAGUGUAUGGGCUGCUGAUGCACGUCUUUGGGCAGUCUACCUUCUGGAUGGGCAGCGUUGCAGUGCCGACGCUGGCCAUGAUCAUCGACAUAUUCAAGGCCUACCUGAUGCUGGAGUUCUACCCCGAUGCUCGGGACCUGAUUUUGGAGCGCUCCGUGAAGGGCUCGCUCUCCUCUUCCUCCCUCAGAAAGGGCCACUCCGAAAUCAUCCGGAGGGACUGCAGCCAGACAGCGAUGGUGGAGAGGAGCCAAGUCCUGGAACAUGUCCUCCAAUGUGAGCAGCUCAUUCGCCUUCAGCUACCCAGAGGGCGAGUGGCAGCCCGGCAGGGCGAGGCCGAUGCGGAUGCCCAGCGUUUUGGACACCUCAAUGCUGGACAAGUGUGUGGAUCCCUCCCGGCACAUCCCAGCCGCUGCGGCGCUCCCUUCCUCGGACUCGGAGUGCGGGACUUCGGACUGCGACGAGGGUGCGUCGGGCAACCGGCCCCGGAACACCGCCUUCGCGCAGCAGACGAUACCCUCCUACCAGUUCCUGCUGAACGGGCGGAUGGUCUUGUGUGCCGCCACGGCCGGGGCCUGCCUCUUCGGGCUCAUGGGCAUCUCCGCGCUGCUCUUCUCGCUGAACGCGUCGCAGCUGCGGAUCUCCUAUGA